CAUUCGAUCGUUUUCUCGAUGUAGUUGCCGUUGGGACAAACACCGAUCACCACUUUGAAAUGAAGAUACGAUCUUGACGCUUCGAAAGCAAAGCAUUUUUGGUAUUUUUUUCUAUAGGUGAAGGCUUUCAAGCAGCCGAUAAUUUCCAUUUUUAUCCAGCUGGUUUCAGUCGUGUCGACAUACACUAUCGCUUGCCAUAUAAUUGACACGUGCGUCAUACCUAUAAAAUCAUCGAGUAAGCGGCGAAUUACAACCCUUACAAGCCGUCAACAUUUGUCUUUUCUGUCCCCUCCAUCGUUGGAUGUGAACGUGAUUAGUGUCCUACGAUCUCUCGAUCGGAUCUUGCGAUUUUUCCUUACGUUUGGCUCGACUUUCAACUGAAAUCAGUUGCCAUGCUGGGAAGAUUGAAGCGCAGUUUUGACGAUGCUCAGAGUCGCUUAAAAUGCAGAAAGCUUCUUGGCAUUGGAGGCAAGGAACCGAGUAAGGUUCUUCAAGUCCUUGGCAGUCAUGAAUCAUACUUCAUAAGCAUACCCAGAGGAUAUGAAACGUGGCAAGUGGUGGUGCCAGUCUUCCUCACUGUAGUAUCUAUUAUGUUGAUGAUUUUUCCAAGCUAUUGUCUACGUGCUUUGGGCGAUAGUAAAGAAUCUACCAGUUUCGCUGGUUCUCUAUGUUGUCGACUGCUGGCGAGUGCUUUAAUAGGGAUCGCUGGUAUUUCAUGGGAAACAAAACCCAUAACUAUAUCAUCAAUUAAGCGCAUUUUGUUACUCCAUUCUACGUACUGUGGAGCAGCAACAUUGUUUCUGGCUUUGGCGUGCAUCUCUCUCCGUACUAGAUUCCUGAUCGUGUUGACCGCCGUCCACACCAUCGUUGCUGCGGUCAGUUUGUUCUACUUUGUAGCCGUGCGCAAGUUGAACAAACCCACUCCAGAGAAACCCAACGCCAAGAACGGCUAUGACGAAAAUCACAUCAACUGAUGUUUUCUGUUUCCUCGUGGAUUUUACUGCCCUUCUGUGGAAGGUCUACAUUACGCUGGUUGACUCUUAAAGAGCCAUCUCAUACCAGCUUAACAGCACCCUCUUUUGAGGAAGCAGCGCGCUUUAUUGACGAAAUAAUCUCCCGUACCAGAUGGGUAAACUUGAGACAAACGGUGGUGUUCCCUAGUAAAGGCAAGGGUCGUUGAAGGCUUGUUAUAUAUCUUGGAUAACCCAUUGUUCUCCCCUCACCCUCCCCUCCCCACUUUGUACUUGUAUUUGACUAGUGUAGACUACCAGGCGCGAUAGAAAAGGCUGUGUUGUGUUCUUCACGUUGACAAGUCUCAGAGUAAUUUGUAGAUAAGGUAAUAGUGUAAGAAAAUAGAUUGAGAAAGCGCUAGGUUUGUCAACGAGAAAAUUGUCUUGGUCGAGAUUACGAGAAAAAAAAUAAGGUCGUCUGUUAAUUUUUGGCUUUGGCUGUGUUUUAUUUACUGGAGUCGUGGCGCUCUAUGUUUGAUAAGGCUGAAGAUAUGACGCGCAGAGUUAUUUCGUUCCAGGCAUUUUCCGUUACCUUGAGUAUCCGUUUUCUUUCCUAUCUGAAUAGUAUUAUCUGUAAAUAGUUUUUUUUUAUUUGAUGUACGUUGCUUUUCUAAUAAAUGUACGAGGUAGCGAUUCGUUUCGGUUCCAAUACUUAAAAAAAAAAGCCUACGAGGCAUUUUCGAACACAUUUUACUUGUGAACCGAUUUGGACUUUGAGAAUCUAGAUCAGGAAAAAUGAAACUUUCUAAACUUUCUACACAAGACAAUUCUCCGUUUGACCGGAAAUAGGUAAAGACUCUUUAAACAGCUAAAAUAAUGAUGAUGCUGAAUAUUUCCCGAAUUGGACUCAUUAUGCUUAUGUGGAAGCCUUGUAAAUACCUGUAGGAUACGACUUCGUGCGCGGGAAAACGCCGGUCGCGAUUGGUCUCAAGGUGAUGCUACACAAGACGAAUUUUAAUCCCAUUUUGUCUGUAUCGUCUCGGCUCAGGCUCUUGCGCGCCAUUUAGUCAGUCUUCAACUAAGGUGAUUGGCCGCGAGAAUGACGCGAGAUUCCAGUCCAAUCAUGCCAGGAAGUUUUGAUGCUCGGUUAAAAUGAUUACAAUAGGACUUUUUAUAUUCCCAACUCUUUACACGCUAGCAUCAGGUUGCAUAUUCUCCAUACUGUUCUCUUUCCUGCGGUUCUCACAAGAAGAAUGUGUUUAGCAAUCAAGAGCUUCUUUAGGUGACGAUCGUUCGCCUAUUUCUCAUGAUCUUGGUUCUUGAUUCUUACUGAGCAGUGAUACUUAAGGAGAAGUUGGAUGCUAGACACUCUUGAGAGUUUAAAUGGCUAAGGCGGUUACUGUUCCUCAAUGUGCUUAGUUUUGUCUAUCGAUCAAGAUGUGAGAGAAUGUUACAAUAUGACGUGGUGAUUUGUAGAGCAAUAGAUUUGUAGAUUCUGUAUUUUGAUCGUCUGUGUAAAGGCAGUGCCGGCGGGAAUAGUCGCUGGUUACUGUUACUGACGUUUCCACCACCUGGAAGAAAGUUAUUGUCAUCAUUAAAGAGAUUUAGCACCGCCUUUUCAUGAAACGGCAAACGUCAGCUUGCCCUUACACGUUUCACGUAAAAUUGCGUGAACCUUUCUGCUUUAGCUUCGGGUGAGCUUACGUCAUGGUGGAUUUGAAGGCGCCCCUGUAUGACUUACAAGGAAUAGCUUUGGUGCCCUUUGUCCGACAAGUAGCUUCUACUCUAUGAGGGAAAAAGUGAAGAAAAACCUUACGUACACGGCAAACGCGAAACGGGUUACUUUCACAUUGAAACGGCGAAGCGCAACCGGCAAUCAUGAAAAAAAGGCGGGAAAAACAAGGUCACGUGGUCACUCUUGCCGUCCACGUUUCACGUUAACGCGGUGCUAAAUCUCUCUAUUAACAACAACUUCCGCUCAGGUUGACGAAACGACAGUUCACGAAAAACGUCAAAAUUAGGUUAGAACCAAAAAAACAGCGUCACGGCAACAUUGAAACUAUUUGUUUCUUUAUUAUUAAGAAGCAAAAUAUUGUUUAUUGUGAUGUCAUCUACGUGUCUCUCCUUCGUAUAGAUUACCCUUACGUGGACCAUCAGGUUACAUGAUCUUAAUUUGCACACUCCAUCAGUUGUUGUUUUGUGAUCGAAAAAGGAAAAUUAAGCUUGUAACGAAUGCACUUUUCGGGAAGGGACAGAAACGCUGCCAUGAUACUUGUUUUAGAUUUUAGAACUGUUUGUAUACUGUGCUCCCUUUGCAGUGUAGAAUUGUGUAAAUGUAGACAUAACGAAACCAUCUUGAACAUUGUACAUUGUAAGCACAGAUACUUCAUGGAAGUCAUAUUUAAAAUUUGUAAACUCGA